AUGGCGUCCCACCGGACCCCCGCAGGGGAGGGCCCGACGCACCGCGCCGGCGCCUUGUGGUGCGCGGCCCCCCGGCCAUGCGGCGCCCUCCCGGGCUCGCGCAGGCCAUGCCGCUGCCGGCCGUCGGUGCCGCAGGCCACGGCCUCGGACGUGAAGCCGUCCGCGGCGCGGGACGGCGCGGGGCAGGAACCGCUGAUGCUGAGGGCACUCAACGGCGAGGUGGUGGACAGGCCCCCCGUGUGGAUGAUGCGGCAGGCAGGGAGAUACAUGAAGGCGUACCAGGACCUCUGCGCGAAGCACCCCAGCUUCAGGGAGCGCUCCGAGAACUCGGAGCUUGCGGUGGAGAUAUCGCUGCAGCCUUGGGAGGCUUUCCGGCCUGAUGGCGUCAUCCUUUUCUCCGACAUUCUCACACCUCUGCCAGGAAUGAACAUUGCAUUUGACAUCGUUAAGGGGAGGGGCCCCAUUAUUCAUGAACCUAUUCGAACAAUGGAGCAAGUCGACGCACUGACACCCUUGAAUUCAGAUGAGGCGUGUCCCUUUGUUGGGGAAGCACUGCGAAGCCUCAGGAGUGCAGUUGGGAACGAAGCAACUGUGCUGGGAUUUGUUGGGGCUCCAUUCACACUUGCCUCCUACAUUGUGGAGGGCGGUUCUUCUCGAAAUUACACUCAUGUCAAGAGAUUGGCCUUUGCGAAUCCGGACGUUCUGAAUGCUCUGCUGCAAAAGCUGGCCGACAAUGUUGCAAAGUACGUCAAGUACCAGGCUGACUGUGGAGCACAGGCUGUCCAAAUUUUUGAUUCUUGGGCAUCUUCCUUAAGCCCAUCCGAUUUUGACGUCUUCGCAGCACCUUAUAUAACGCAGAUUAUUGACAGUGUGAGGGGGUCUCACCCCAAUCUACCUAUCAUUCUUUACAUCAGUGGGUGUGGCGGACUCUUGGAGCGCAUGGCAGCUUGCAAGCCUGAUGUCAUUUCCGUUGACCACAGUGUAGACAUGACAGAUGCCAUGAGGAGGAUUGGGACUGGAUUUGCUGUGCAGGGCAAUCUGGACCCCGGAAUUCUGUUUGGGUCCCAGAAGGUCAUUGAGGACCGCGUCGUAGAGAUUAUCAGGGCAGCGAAAUCCCAGGGCGUUCGCCACAUCAUGAACUUGGGCCAUGGGGUGCUGCCUGGGACGCCAGAGGACAACGUGCGACACUAUUUCGAGGUUGCAAAGAGUGUGCAAACGAGGUUGUGA